AUGGCUGACGAUCUCACCACCGCAUCACUUCCACAGUACUCCGUUCCAGGGCCACAGAUUGUUGGAGGCACCAAGUACCAACAACUGCUCGCGGUUAUUGAAGAGCUGGGCAAGGAUAUUCGACCCACCUACACUGGCAAUAAAAUCUGUGCGGAGCGCCUUAAGAGAUCAAUCGCUCAUUCUCGAAUACUCGUGAGGGAGUGCCUGAUUGAGGCUGAAAAAGAUCGUCAGAAAGCUGCAGCUGAUGCAGCCAUCAAAAAUCAAUAA